AUUUCGCUGCCAUCAUUGCUUCCUGAAACAGCUGACAGUUGAAAACAAAUAUUUCGAGAUUUUUGUAAAUAUUGCUGCGUUUUAAUAUGGAGGAGCCAGAGGAUCAAGAAAAGCUCUACGAAGAAGCCCACAAGAAAGUGGAACUGGGCGAGGAACUGAAGAAGGCACUGAAGGACUUUGAAGACCUUCCCGGCGUCAGCAAAGUGCAGCGAAAAAUUCAGCAAGAGCUCAAGUUUCUAAAUAAGGUGAUAACUACCAAGUCCGUGAAGGAACAUCACAUAACCAGCAGCAACUUUGUAUACUACGAUUUUCUCAUCAAAACUCUGCGAUUGCAACAAGGAGUAGUCGACAUCAAUGCCGUCUUCCGCCUGGAAUCCAGGGAGAAUCCCCUAAGAGUGGACAUUGUGGCCAACAAUGGCCUCAAGUGGGUGAAGGUGAUAGCCAGGAACUCGAAGUCCGUCGAGGACGCGGCCAGGGGAUGUGUCAGCAUUGGAGCCCGCAGUGUCAUUGACCAGGCGGAGGAUUAUCUGGAGGCCAGCGAACUGAGUUUCUGCAUGUUCCAGAGGCCCAAGAUAGUGUUUUACUUCUCCAACAAAAUCGAGGAUUCCCUGCACGAAGAGCUCAUGGACAUGGGAGUGCAAACUGCCUCCUUGGACUCACCAGAUACCGACCUGGAUCUGUACGCCACCACCUCGAAUGAACUGAAUCUAGAUGUGACCACUUUACUGGCCUACGUGAGUGCCCUGACCAACGGCUCCGCCAAUUGGGUCUACAAGGAACCCCUGCUCACCGAACAGGCGGAAAGGGAAAGAGCCUCUCCGCUGAAGCCGCUCCUAGAGAAAAUCCUAGAAGGGAAAACCUUGGUCUGCUGCCAGCUGGCCUACGAGGCCUUCCAGAGCAUUUUGGAUAUUGUUGGAGGCGAGGGCGAACGGAAACGAGCCGAGGAGCUGAUGAAACGGGUCACCGUUUAUCCGGAUGUGGAAACUAUACCCGAAGAGUUCUCUCACAUUCGAUUCACUGCCAACGUAAACGAGCGAAGUCUGAAAAUCUUUAGUUUCGGCAUGGCCAGACAAAUUUUUACUGUGACUUCGAACAAGGCCUUUGUGAGAUCAGCUAAAAUGCAGGGUAUCAAUGUGCCUGUAUUUGUUCAUGCCUCAGUUGCACUUACCGAAGGUAAACAGGCAACAGGAAGACCGCUUUAAAAGCUAAAAGGCGUUGACUAUUGAAAUAUAUUUUAUGUGAUUUUUUCAAAAACUGCUCUACAAAAGGAUGUUAAAAUUAUUAUAAUAAAAAGCCUUCUUUAUUAAAA